AAAGGGAAAAGCCCAACUCUUUGAGAGCCAAACAAAACGUGUCUGUGGCAGGAUCCCCAGGCUGGGCGGCCAAUUUGCAAUCUCUGAAAUGAAGGAUGUUGAGAAGGAGGUAUUGGAGAGCGAUGCCAGAUGGGGUGGGAAGAUUGUUAGAACAGUAAAUACAGUCCAAAGAGGAACAUUUCUGAAGAAAUACAGUCAUUGGAGCAAUACAAGAUUCACAAUGGAGGUUCCUCCAGCAACCAAGUUUGGCGAGACCUUUGUGUUUGAGGACAGGUUAGAGCUGCAGCAAGAGCUUUUCCCUGGGGCGGACCUGGCGGACCCUUUUCUUCAGGAGAGAGGUUUGGAGCAGAUGACUGUUAUCUACAAAGAGAUCCCUCUUGGGGGGCAAGACGAGGACCGUGAUGAUUAUGAGGGGAAUUUCAGUCUGUGCUCAAGCCCUGUUGAGCAUCAGAGCGUCCUCCCAGGAACCAGAGCCCAGGACGAUGAGCUGUUUGGCCAAACCUUCCUCCAGAAAUCCGACCUCAGUGUGUGUCAGAUAAUCCACGGGGGAGGGGAGUCCAGUCCUCGCGAUCGUGUGGAAGCGGCAGAUGGGGGAGACUCGGGACCUACCGCGCCUCGCCGAACGCCACCGCCAGCCAAGCCCUACGCAUGCCGCGAGUGCGGGAAGGCCUUCAGCCAGAGCUCGCACCUCCUCCGGCACCUGGUCAUCCACACCGGGGAGAAGCCCUACGAGUGCUGCGAGUGCGGGAAGGCCUUCAGCCAGAGCUCACACCUCCUCAGACAUCAGAUCAUCCACACCGGGGAGAAGCCCUACGAGUGCCGGGAGUGCGGGAAGGCCUUCCGCCAGAGCUCGGCGCUCACGCAGCACCAGAAGAUCCACACGGGGAAGAGGCCCCACGAGUGCAGGGAGUGCGGGAAAGAUUUCAGCCGGAGCUCCAGCCUCAGGAAACACGAGAGGAUUCAUACGGGAGAGAGACCGUAUCAGUGUAAGGAAUGCGGGAAAUCCUUCAACCAGAGCUCAGGCCUGAGCCAGCACCGGAAAAUCCACACCCUCAAGAAGCCUCACGAGUGCGAUCUCUGUGGGAAAGCCUUCUGCCACAGGUCGCACCUCAUCCGGCACCAGCGGAUCCACACCGGGAAGAAGCCUUACAAAUGUGACGAGUGCGGGAAGGCCUUCAGCCAGAGCUCCAACCUCAUCGAGCACCGGAAGACCCACACGGGCGAGAAGCCCUACAAGUGCCACAAGUGCGGCAAGGCCUUCAGCCAGAGCUCCUCGCUCAUCGAGCACCAGCGCAUCCACACGGGCGAGAAGCCCUACGAGUGCUGUCAGUGCGGCAAGGCCUUCUGCCACAGCUCCGCGCUGAUCCAGCACCAAAGGAUCCACACCGGCAAGAAGCCCUACGCCUGCGAGUGCGGCAAAGCCUUCCGGCACAGGUCGGCCCUCAUCGAGCACUACAAGACCCACACCAGGGAGAAGCCCUACGUGUGCAACCUGUGUGGCAAGUCCUUCAGGGGCAGCUCGCACCUGAUCCGGCAUCAGAAAAUCCACGCUGGGGAGAAGCUGUAGAACAAGGAGCCUGCAUCACAGCUUGGAAGCCUUUGCCGGCCGGAUCCCGUGCCCAUGUCGCUGGUUUGCUAAGACCCCAGCUACCUCCCUGAUAACCGUGCCCAGUGGAGCCCCUCUGACCCAAGUGCUCCUGAAGGUCCCACUAGCAGGAAGGCCCCCCGGGUGGCACCCAGCCCAAAAGCUUUCCCGCACAGGAGGGAGGGCAGGGCGACGGGGCAGCCCGCCAGGACAGAGAGCUGCCUUUCAGUCCUCAUUCUCCCACUUGAUUCCCGAGCUCACGAGACUUCAUUCUGCCCUCUUCGCUUUUCCCAGAAUGCAGAGGAAGAACAAAUGCCAAGACGGAGAAAGCUGAGUUAAACCCAGGACGAUGUCAGGUUAACUCUCGAAAUCAGGCUGCUGUCUGGCACUUUUAGAAGACAGAAACCACAUUCACAGUCCACAGCGGCAGAAGAAAAAUGAAUUCCAAAACAGACACAUCAGCGGCAAAAUGGAAAUUUCUGCCUGGGCUGGGCAUGGGUGGAGACAACCCAACAGGUCAACAGAGCAAGGAGAGUCUGCAAGGAUGGCCCUUGGGCUUGGGGGAGGGGGGUGAGCCCCUGGGUGUGGUCUCUGAGCCCGCUCCUUAGCGUGAGGACAGUCUCUGUCAGAUGACUCUGUCACAGGAGGCUAGAGAUGUGGUCCUUUGGCCAGAGGACGUCUGACUCAGCCUGGGCACUGGGCAUUACUGCCUUCCAGGGAUAACCCGUCCCCGAGCCUCAGUGCCCCCAAGACCACAGUGUGCCUUGGACAUCAGCAGGGCCUGUUUCUGGCCUGGUCUGGCAGUGACACAGCCUCACCACCCACGUCAGGGUGGUUUGGUGGAGGAGCCCAUGGUCCAAUCACAAGCUCUGGGUUCAAGUCCCAGUUCCACCCCCUCCUACCUGCGUGACCUUGAGCAAGUCCCGUGACCUCCCCAGGCUCCAUUUCCCUGCCUGUGAGGUGGGGGU